AUGGUUAACCGGUGCAAAUUCUGCAGUUGCGAUAUCCUUAUUGCGAGGGGCAAAGGAGAAAUUAAAAAGCAUAUCACCACUGCCAAACACAUAAAGUCAAUAUCAACCAUCAAAUCGCUACCAUCUGUGGCGUCAAUGUUUGGCAAAAAAUCCAAAAAUAUCGACGAAAAGGCAAAAGAGGAUUGUGCCAUAUUUGAAGGUGAAAUUUAA